CUUGGUGGUGUCCGUACUUUGCCUCACGAGAUCCUCCCUCAUCUAACUACCCUCCGGGAACCGGCUGGAGUCGGACCAUCUCAUCGAAUGGGUAGAAGGCGGAGCUCAAGCUCCCACCAGACCAGUUCCAGCAUGGGGAGCGGACAGGAUAAUGGUGUCAACAACAUAUCAGAGAACAAUGCCGGCUAUCUCGCUCCGAUCCCUCAACCUACUGGUCUUGCCGCAGCAUCAUCGCAGCAGUCAGUGGCGGCACCUAGGGAUCGUGGGGUGCACGACUUCAUGGCAUCCUUACGCCUAACCGACUCUCAGAUACAACCUGGCCCAUAUCCGCCUCUUUCACAGAACCCCUUCCGCAAUAUCCCAGCUCCACCGAACCCCCUCCCUCGUCAUCAGGGCAGCCGAUUCAUCCAUAAUCAAGGGUCCCCUUAUAGACACUCAUCUUCAGGUACAUCACGAAGCUUCGACGCACGACAAUGUUCAGGACAAAGAUCUAUGCCUGGCGACUCUGUUAUGCCACGACGAAGCACAAUCACUGCAGCCGGACACUCCCGCACAUCGUCAUCCGCCCCCUUCGCAUCCCACUCCCCUUCCGUUCCUAGUCGUCCACAACCCCACUCUCAUUCUCCUAUCACGCUCCCACCCUCACCGCACACCGGCGACAUGCCUCUUCCCCGUUGGCAGCCCGAUUCGGAGGUUGACAGCUGCUUCGUCUGUGGGCGCUACUUUACCUUUUUGAACAGGAGGCACCAUUGCAGAAAAUGUGGCCGAGUUGUUUGUGCCAACUGCUCCCCGCACCGGAUCUACAUACCUCGCCAAUAUGUCGUGAACCCGCCAUCUCUGGUUCCUGACGAUGAUGAACACUCUGACAAUCCGCUUGUCCAAGUCCGAAUCUGCAAUCCCUGCGUUCCGGAUCCCAACAAUAGCCCACCGCAACUGCCGGACACUGGAAACACUGCCGGUUCUCUGAGUAGUGGUUAUCACUCGCGCACAUCACUGGAUGCGCCCCCGCCAUAUCCGUCCACUUUCGCUACGGCCCAUCAGAUGUGGAACGAGACUCCCCCGGCUUCAACUUAUCCCCGACGCUAUUCUCGGCCGAUAGAUCCCGCGUACAUCCCAUCUCGAGUGUCCCCGUUCAUGCACUCUCCUCCUCGACCCGCGCCGCCGCCCACGCCUACGCCGGCCCCCCGACGCAUCCGGCAAGAGGAUAUAUGCCCUGUCUGUUUCCGACCCAUACCCUCAAUUGUAAGCAUCGGCGACGCCGUUCUCGACGAACAGGAGAUUGACCGGCGGCGAGCGGAGCACAUCCAGUCAUGUUUGGAAACACACAGCCAGUCGCCUCCCGCCAAUAUUCGUAGCUUACUGACGUAUACGGCAACGGAGAAGGACUGUGCGAAUAGCGAGGAGUGCGUGAUCUGCUUCGAAGAAUACGCUGUCGGCGAUAAGCUGGCGAGGAUGGUAUGUUUGUGUCGGUUUCAUGAACAUUGCAUCAGAAGCUGGUGGGAACGCAAGGAUCCCGGGAAUUGCCCUGUGCAUCAAUAGUUCGGUGGUCUGGGGAAAGCAACGCAGAAGUGCUCGAGCGGUGGAGUCAAGAAGGGUGGGAGAGGAUGCGAGGAAUUUGUCAUAGUGGCUUUACUUGGGCUAGGCCCAGUUGUCAUAGCGAAGCCCAGAGAGUUAGAUGCAUGCUGGGAGAAGACCUCCACAGGUUGCAGGAGAAAUGCCCCGAAGAAAAGGAAGCCGUGUCAGAUCGUAGGAAGAGGGAGGAGCGAGAAAUAGAGAGG